AAAGGAGGAGCAAACUGCACCUAUUCAUAAGGACAGCCUGGUAGGCCACUGCACAGUCUAUGCUGCACCCACACAUACACUGUAGGCUAUUAUUGUACAUACGGCAGAAACAUGGCUGUACUCGGGAGUUACUCGGCACCUUUACUUGGAAUCAGCAUCUUCAUCGCUACUCUGACCUACAUCACCUACAAGCUGCUCAGCGGUUACCUGCACAAAUGGUUCACGAUGAAGCCUAUUCCUCAGGCCGACGGAACACAUAUCUUUAUUGGAAAUGCAUUCCAGUUCAAAUACAAUGCGGGAGAUUUCUUUCAGCAAAUUAUGGACUUCACCCGUGACUUCGCGAACGCUCCGCUAUUUAAACUCUGGAUCGGACCAAUCCCAUUUGUGAUCCUGUUUCAUCCUGAAACAGUUGAGACGGUUCUGACCAACGCUGUUCACAUGGAGAAAUCCUAUGCGUACAAAUUCCUCCACCCUUGGCUUGGAACUGGCCUUCUUACUAGCACUGGCCUUAAGUGGCGUCAGCGGCGGAAGAUGUUGACCCCCACCUUCCACUUCUCCAUCCUGACGGACUUCUUGGAAGUGAUGAACGAGCAGGCAGAGAUCCUGGUGCAGAAGCUGGAGAAGCAGGUGGGGAAGGGUCCAUUCGACUGCUUCAGCCACAUAACCCUGUGUGCCCUGGACAUCAUCUGUGAAACUGCAAUGGGGAAAAAAAUUUAUGCCCAGAGUAAUUCUGACUCGGAGUAUGUUAAGUGCGUGUACAAAAUGAGUGACAUUGUCAGCCGCAGACAGAGGUCUCCUUGGUUUUGGCCUGACUUUGUGUACAGCUACUUUGGUGAGGGUCGGAAGCAUGACAAGACCCUCAAGAUCCUGCACUCCUUUACAUACAAAGUGAUCCAUGAAAGAAUGGAGAACAUUUCCUAUAAUGAAUCAGACAGCGACUCUGACAAGGGCACGAAGAAAAGACGAGCAUUUCUGGACAUGCUCUUGAAGACCACAUAUGAGGAUGGCAGCAAAAUGAGCCAUCAGGACAUUCAGGAAGAAGUGGACACCUUUAUGUUUGAGGGACAUGAUACUACAGCAGCCUCUAUGAACUGGACCAUACAUCUGCUGGGCUCCCACCCUGAGGCGCACAGGAAAGUUCAACAAGAGCUUCAGGAGGUCUUCGGUACAUCUGACCGGCCCGUAAACGUAGAGGACCUGAAGAAGCUCAAAUACCUGGAGUGUGUGAUCAAGGAGGCGCUGCGACUGUUUCCCUCUGUGCCUUUCUUUGCCCGCAGCAUCGGUGAAGACUGCCACAUCAAUGGUUUCAAGGUACCCAAAGGUGCCAAUGCCAUCAUCAUUACCUACUCUCUCCACCGUGACCCGCGGUACUUCCCUGAGCCCGAGGAGUUCAGGCCUGAGCGCUUCCUGCCUGAGAAUUCAGUGGGAAGGCCUCCGUAUGCAUACAUCCCCUUCUCCGCUGGACUCCGCAACUGUAUCGGUCAACGUUUUGCACUUAUGGAAGAAAAGGUGAUCUUGGCGUCCAUUCUGCGUAACUUUAGCGUUGAAGCUUGUCAGACACGUGAAGAGCUGCGGCCGUUAGGAGAGCUCAUCCUGCGACCAGAGAAGGGCAUCGUGAUCAAACUGGAAAAGAGGACACCCCCAACUUCAUCAAACUAGCAGCUGCUCAGGUUCACAGAAGCUAUUUUCUAGAUUCCCCUUCCUUCGUGGCCUUUAUUCACAGAACAUCCUGCCCAAUUCUAAUGGUGGUGGAUACUGUGAUCGUUUCUAAAUACUCUUAGUAGUGACCAGGGUUCAAAAUUAACUUUUUCGUCCACCAGCCAAAUGGCUAGUGAAUGCUUACUUUUUACCAGCCAAUCAAUAGAUAAGGGACUGUUCGUUACUUAUUUAAGGGGCUACCGUAGGAGUUACGAUAUCUUUAGUCAAAAUAGACUUGACCCUCCCUUUGCCAGCGAUACAUUUUUCUAUGACCCUUUCUAUGUUUGGGAAAAGAGGCAUCCCCAAUAAUUUAUUGAUGCCUUCUGUACUGGUUCGAGCUUGGCAAAGAUGUACAGAUAGCCACUGCUUUUUUUACAAUCAUGACAUAUGCCUUACCACCAAUUUCCACCAACUGCGGAACGUCUGCGGAUCUGCUCCGGAACGGCGGCGGAGUCAAUAGGUUUCCAUUAAAGUCAAUGUGUGUAUUUUCACUGACUGCAGAAUGAGUCCAUUAAGCAAAGCACAAUGGGUAACAAAUUCAACACACAAACUGGUUGCUAUGGACUCGUCACUAGGCUUCCUCAGUCAUUGUAUAUUUUAGCAUAUAGGUAAAUAGGUAAAGCUGCCAAAGCUGAACAUUAUCCAAAACUCCAUUUCUCAGACGAUCGUCAAUUUGGGAGCCUGCAUGCUACCACUCCUUCCUUCUCAAAUUCCUUGAAAAGGCUGUCGUUUGCACAAUUUCUCAAAACAUGUUGGGUGACCCUCCCCUCAAUAAAGAAUAAACAGACAUGACCCUCCCCUAUUUUCCUCCGGUGGUCCAUUCCAUAAAUACUGAACAGUCCCUAAGCAUUUUUGUUUUUUGGGUUGGUGAGUGAAGCAAAUCUACCAGCCACUUGCAUAUUUUACCAGCAUUUGGCUAGGAGAUGGUGAUCAUUUUGAACCCUGGUAGUGACCAUGGUGUUUAAACUUUAGAAUCUACUCAUCAUUGUGGUCAUAAUUACAUAAUUACAAAAACUGAAUCACAUGAAAAUAAAUUGAGAUAUAUCUUAAUAUAGUUUUAGGGAAAUAACUACUGUGCAUUGCAUAUUCUGAUACACUAUUCUGGGUCCGUAUGUCAACAACUCUGCACUCUAGAAAAAAACUAUUCAAAUAUGUUAUUUAGUGUAAGUAAUGAAAUGCUUUAAACAGCUAAGCAAUGAUAGCAUUUGGGUAUCAAAUGAAAAGCCUUAAAAAUAUAGCAUUUGCAGAGUAAGUGUGUGUUAGCUUAAGAAAACGACCUGGUCAUUUUAAAACUCAUUAGUGACAUGAAUGGUGUUAAUUUCAUUCAUUGCAAUGCCUUAAAAUGUUUUAUUUUUUUAAUUUGAAGAAAGAGUGUAUGGUAUAUGGAUGAUUAUGAGAUACAUUUUGUGCAGAGUAGGGCUUAAUAACAAUCAUUCACAAUUUUACAUACAGUAUUCAUUACAUUUACAAACUCCACAAGAAAGACAAGCCUUUCAUUUGUGCAGCAUUUCCUCUGAAUGUUCAUUUUCAAACAUCUAGCUGCAGUUUUUGCUUGUAUGACCUCAUACUCAGCUACUACAGUUUUCUUUAUGAAUGUAUUGUGUAUGAUAUGUUUGAUAGAUCAUCUACGUACAGUACUGUUUAUCUCUCUGUAUUUUUUUUGUGUAAGUCCAACUGGGAAGGACAGUUUGUGUAACUGAAGAAGUGUGAUGUUGGAAAAAAAAUUAUAUAUAUAUAUAUAAACAAUUAAAUGUUGCUCACACUUGUAUUUCCAAUUCAAUCCAAAAGCUGUGUUCAUUGACAUAGAAUAAAUCCCAAACCAACUCCCAGAAUCCCGAACCCUGACAACAAUUGACUCAUAACGCUGCUAUGUCUGAUGUGUUAGCAAAAAUGCCAACGUACUGUACACAUCCAGCAGACACAAAACAGCAGUUUCCUCCCAUUGGAGUUCUCACUGGACUUUUAAAAUAAAAUAUCUGGGUCUUAAAUCA